CUUGGACAAAGGUGGAGCGGACCGCCCGAAGAUAGAUCGCUCGUGUGUCCAAUGUCACUUCCAGACACCGCACAUUACGCAGAGGCAGCACAUGAGAAAGCCAGGACCGGCUAUCGGUACUAGCUAGCUAGUAUUUGUUUGUUGCUUCAUGCUUUCAUCUAAUUCCAUCAGUCUUCCGGGGCCAACUCUCAAGAGAAGCAGCGGCACCAUCCGCCGACCCGAAUUUCGGCUCGAUGUCCAACAAAAAGAUAUGUUUGGUGAUUUGGGCUUGUCUUUUGUGGAUCUUCUGCAUUUGCCUAUGGAAUGCCAUUUCUCACCGAGCUACCCGAGCGGAUUUGGAAGAAAUAUGGAGAACGGUUGCAUCACUGAGGUUGUCCAAAGAAGAAGAAAAGAAAGAGCUCAAAGCUGUCAUGGAAAACAUAAAGGAAUCACGAAGGUUCCUAAUUGUUGGUCUGGUAGAAACUCUGGAGGAAUUCUUUGGCACCGACAACCAUGGCAAUAUCAGUCUCAGCAGCAAAGCCAUACUGGCCGUUGGAGACCUAUGUUGGGCUUUCCAUGAAUCCAACACUCAGAGUACUGUGGAUGUCCAUGUGCUAUACAAGUCCAAGAAUGAUCCAAAUGUUGAAUCCAACCUACUGCAAUUCUUAAAAGGGCACAUGUGCCAGCCAACAUUACAAUCCGAAAAUGAGUUGUGUACACAAAAGGAAGGAACGAACAAGGAUCAGUUCUUGGCACAAUUCAAGGAGUUUAGUCGCUAUAAACGUCUCGCAAUGCUGCGAUCGGAGCAACGACGCCAAAUCUUGGAUGCGAACCAUGAUGGCUAUGAUGUUGUGGUCAGCGUGGAUAUGGACGUGGUGAGUCUACCACCCAUUGUACCACUGGUGAAUGCCAUGGAAGUGGUUGCCACUGACAGGGCCCAUGGCAUUGGAAGUAUUGUCUGUUCGAAUGGGAUUGAAAAUGUGAAUGUGUUCAAUGGCUGGUUGCAACUGAGCCUUUACUAUGACACCUUUGCGACUAUUCUGGAGGAUGGAACCUGGGGGUUCACGGGGCUGACCCAGAAUCCUAUGGAACAAAUCAAACAUGGCCAGACUUUGUUGUUGAGGGAUAUUCUUCGCAAAUUAGAAGGCCCAACAAAAUACGAUCAGAGGUACCACAUGCAAUCCUGUUUUGGAGGAGCUGCCCUAUAUGACUUUGAUACAUGGGCGACUCCUGUGUGCGACUAUUAUCACAGCAGGAUUGAAUUGAUGGUGGAGCAUACAGAUGACAACAGUGCAUCAGGCUUUUCAUUCCUUCACGCCCCCAAUGACAAGCUGCAUCAAUUAAAGCAUUUCAAUCAAAAGGUGACACGAUGGAAGUUGGAUCCCAAGUACCAGAGUCCUGAUGGGUGGUGUGAACACAUGAUCUUCCAGCAGUGUCUAUAUGCUGCCAAUAGAGAGAAAAGCACCAUGAAAAACAAGCGUCAGCUCAACAUUGGUAUUCAACCUGACCUCGUCAUCGAAAGACAAGCAGCAGUUAUGAGUCGAUGGGAGGAUUGGAGGAACGUACCUAUAGUCUGCAUGAGAAAACUUGCUGGACCAGGUGGUUUUACCCUAGUGAUAUACUGUCUCUUCAGGUAUCUACUCUUCCCCAAAAACAGCAAAUCUCCUCGGAUAAAACGUCUCGCAGAGACCAAAGUCGGGCAUCAUGACUGAUCGACAACAUAUCUGCGCACUCUUAAGCUUUUUGGUACACUUUUCCCUAAUUGUUCACACGGCUGCACUAGAUUUAUUGAGUUUGUGAUUUACCAAUGAACAGGAAUCAGCGAUCCAUUGAAAGAAGGCUCCUUUCACUCUCCCUACAGCACCGGGAGCUCAUUUUAAUUUUGUUCGUUCUCAGUGUCUGUGUU